AAUGGAGUCUCUUGUAAGUGAAAGAUUACAAAAUAUACCUCAACAAAUGUGUCGAACAACUUGCUUGCUUGAGUCGAACAACUUGCUAUGACUAUUAAUUAUGCUGAUCAAUGCGAAGGUAAAGAUUUUCGAAAUUUUCAUAAUUUGUUUGGUACAGAUAUUGAAAUAUUUGCUAGUAAUAUUGAUCCAACAGAAAGUAAUACUGCUAGCAACAUGAUCAAGUUUAGUCAAAUUUCAAAGUUUGAAUGGGAAGAAAAAUAUUAUAAUGGAAACUUGGUGUCAUGCAACAAUAAAUACAUUGCAUAUGUUUUACCUUCUAAAAAAAAUGACGAUCAUGUUCGUGUUAUUAAUCUUGUCACAUCCAUGCGUGUAUUACUUCGUGGUUUUACAAUGAAAGUGAUAGAUUUAUGCUUUGAAUCCUUGACUUCGAAUCUUCUUGCCUGUGUAGAUCAAGAAGGGACACUUUUUAUAUUUGAAAUUCUAGAAGAAGAUGGGACUGUCAAAUCAAAAAAUAUUCUGACUCUUUUCCAAGAUCAAAUUAUUAACUCUGAUAUGUAUCGUGUUGUUUGGUCUCCAAAAGUACUAUCUUCUUUAGAUAGUGGUGAAACAAUAUUAGCCUUCUCUUCAAAUACACAGGCAUAUGUCUAUGACUUGAAAAGAAUUAAAAGUGCUUACCCAGAUAAUUUGCCUGUUAGACUAAGUGAAAUAAAACAUGGCGUCAUUUGUGUUAAUAACUGUCAUUCUAAGCCAAUUACAAGUAUAGCUGUUUCACCUGAUGUGCGAGUUUUAGCUACAUGCAGUUUAGAUGGAGAGGUAAAAUUUUGGUCCUUGGACUUUAAUGAAUCUGAUUCAGUGAGUUGUCUGCAUGAAUGGGAACCUCAUAAUGGUGAUCCUGUAACAUGUCUGUUUUUCUGCGAUAAUUUGAUGUCAACAGAUGAUUCGGCUCCGUUCUGGCGUUAUUUAAUUACAGGCACAGCAAAUAAUUCUGUUCUUAAACUUUGGUGUGCUGUUAAAUGGGUCUGCAUUCAAACUCUAACCUUCAAGUCCAGCCCAAUAUUUCCAAGCUACUUACCAUGUAUGAAAGUUAUGUUGGAUAUUAGUGCAAAGUAUUUGAUUGUUUCAGAUAUUUAUAAAAAGGUUGUAUAUAUAUGUCAGCUUUAUGAAGAUAAGGAGAAAGAUUCUAUGAUAUUUGUUUCCAUCUCAGAAUUUAUACUAAAAGAACCACAAUUAUGUUUUUCUAUACAUUCUACUAAAGUUAAAAAGAAGAGUUUUGCCACUUUUGGUGAUACCACAGAAGAGUUAAAUGGUGAAGCAGAAGAUGAACUGAUAUGUGAUAUAGACGAUGGGAAAUCUCAUUCAUGUAUUGUUCAUAUUUACUCAAUACAAAGAAGUGCUUUGCAAAAGUUAAGCAUCAAAUUUAAUGUUAACUUAUCAAAGGAACACACUGCUUCAUGUUUGUCAAACGCAACGUCGUCACAAGAUGAUCUAAUAUCAAUGAAGGAUGUUUUAUCCGAUGUUGACAGCUAUGUUGAAAGUUUUGAUGAGAAAUUUAACAGUGUUGUUAUUUUAAAUGAGAAAGUAAAUCAAGUUGAUCAUGUUUUAAAUGAUUACUUAAAUGAGAAAAUGGAUAAUGUUGUCUUAAAUUCAUAUUGCAAUCAAACUGUUACAGAUGAUUUAUUGAUCCAAACUGUUGAAGCAGAACCUGUUAGAGCAGAGAAACCUACAGAAGUCAGUAUUGAAAAUGUGAAUUUUGUUGGAUCUGCUGAGAUGACUCAAGAUGCGGCCAAUCAAAUCUAUGAAUUGUUGCAGAAUCAGCAAAAACUUAUUUCUUCUCAGCAACAGGAACUUCGUGAGAUGAAGGAUAUGUUGAAAAUUAUUGUUAACCAACAGCUAACACCAAAUAAUAAAGCAGAUGUAGAUUCUGACUACAGCAAUAGAGAUGAUUUAAAAGUAUUCAUGCAACUUUUACAAAAAAGUGCAACUUCUAAUUUUAAUAAAGCAUGUAAAGAUUUUAAUAAAUCUUGCUCUGAAAGGCUUGAGCAAGCAAUAAAAGAGUUGACAUCUGAAUUACAGUUAAAGCAAGAUCGGUCAUCCCAAGUUGUCAAUCAAACAGUAGCUAGCAAAAUAGAGAAAAGCAUGAAACAUGAUAUGAAGCAAAUGAUACAGCCAGCACUGGAGAGGUUGCAUACUAAAUACCUUGAGACAAUAAAUGCUCAAAUUUUACAGAAAUUAGCAAUAUGGGAACGUACAUUCUGUGAAAGUACACAAGAAUUCAUGAAAAGCAAGAAUUUCAUUGAUUCUAUUAGCUGUGCUGUUGCAGGAGUACUUGAAGGAUUGAUACCUUCAUCAUAUCGUGAAUCUUUUCAGAACAUAUUAAUUCCAGGUUUUGAGAAAGCUUCUUUAGCAAUGUAUAUGCAAAUCAACCAAGCAUUCCAGCAAGGAACAAAACAAUACUUGGAAAAACUGGAAGGACAUUUAGAAUCUAAGCGUCAAAAACAUGAAGAAAAAAUUGAACCAAUGGUAGCAACACUACAUGAAAUUGUCACAAAAUUUCAACAUCCUAUAGAACGACAAGGAAGUUUUGACGAUCAACAGAUGUCUCAGUGUGUGGAAAGAUUACAGCAAAAUGUUGUGAAGGCAAUAGAAGCUGUUAUUGUUCCUGCUGUUAUAAACAGAAUUUCACAAUUUGUCGAAAAAUUAUCUGCUAAACCUAAUGAAGACGCAUCUAAUGUUGAAGAUCUUGAAGCCAAAAAGAAGCGCAUUGACAAGUUUAUUGAAACAAGAAAUUUUACUGAUGCCUUCAAUGUUGCUCUUCAUGCUGAUAACUUAUCUGUGGUUGUUUAUGUGUGUUCGAAGGUUGAUCCAAAUGAUUUAUUUUCAUUAGAAGAUCCAUUUCCUCAAAAUUAUAUACUAUCUUUAAUUCAACAGCUUUCUGUUGAUUUGAACCAAGACACGGAGAUCAAAACAAAGUAUUUAGAAGAAUCUAUAAUGGCACUAAAUCCUUCUGAUGAUGUUACUAAAGAUCACAUGCCAGGUGUACUUCUUGGAUUAAACGGAAUGCUCAAUGAAACUAUUGAUUUUCUUCUUUCUAAUGAUCCUGCUAAUAGGCAAAUAAAACCUCUCAAGAUGUUGCUAAUGGCAUCUAAAUCUUUACUUGUGGGUGAAUAGAAUUUAGGAAGUAUGGAUUUUAGCCUUUUUAACACAUAGGCUAAAUGUGGAGGUACCAGCUAUAAAGUUAGAUGUGAUAUGUCUACUUGAGGCGUUUGUAAAAGCUAAGUAAUGAGCACUAAGUGAUCUGUUAUGUCAUCGUAUUCAUAAUAAAGUGUUUUACAUUGUUUUGUGAAAUGCUGAGACGAUACAUUUUGUUAAUCAGUGUGAUAGUCAAGUAGGGAAAGUAAGUAGUAGGGAAAAAGAUGAGAAGAGGAGAAUGAUGAGAAGACCUUGACAAGAAGAAAAUCAUGACGAGAAGAAAUUAAAAUAAAAAUGUUAUCUUUUA